AUGACCCUCGAAACAAACGCCGAAACUCUAGGGGUUCACAGAAACCCCACCGGAUGGCACGGAAACACUUCCUACUCGUCUCUGCAUCUUGACAGCGCGAAGGGCCCCAGGCAGCAGCCACAACAGCAGCACCACCGACAACCACAGCAAAAACAACAACAACGGCAACAACAGCAGAAGCAGCAGCAACAGCAAGACCAGCAGCAAAAACAGCUGCAGCAACAAGAGAAGCAGCAGCAACAGCAGCAGCAACAGCAACAGCAAAAACACCAACAACAAGAACAAAAACAACAGCAGCAGCGCACAAGGAGCAGCCGGUCGCGGCUUCCAAGGCGCCGCAUAUUUCUUAGAGGGACGACCAGAAAAGUUUUGGCCCGAAGUACAUUUAUUCACCGCAGCAUUGAGCAGACAAAUGGAGAGAUAAAUCAAACAUCUUCCGAUGCUGCUGCUGCUGUUGCUGCUGCUGGUUACUCAUUUUCUGUUUUUGCAAAUGCAAGACCGACUCCUGGGAUUCUUGGAGACCUGCAACAGCUCCUGUGCAGCCCAUUGCAGCAGCAGCAGCAGCAGCAGCAGCAGCAGUUGCUGCUACAGCAGCACCUGCAGCAGCAGCUGCAGCGCCAGCGGCAACAGAGGCGGGCGAAGCUGCAAGAGAAGCGAAAUUCCAUGGCGGCGCAAAAGGCUCAUGAGACACAACAGCUGCAGGCUUUGGAGCAGCGGUUUGCUGCUGCUGCUGCUGCAAGUGCUUUGCUGCAGGAGCAGGCUCCCACGUUAGGCACAGUAACAGCAGGAGCAGCAGCAGCAACAGCGGCAGCAGCUCUGCUGGAGCGGAUCAGGGCCAGUAAACGUGCCAGCAAUAGCGACAAAGAAGCCCCGGAACAGCAACUGCUGCAGCAACAGCUUCAACAGCAGCACCCAUACAGCUUUCUUAGAGGCACAAGGUACCCUCCUGAGAGACGACGACUCUGGGGGGAAAGCAGCAGCAGCAGCAGCAGCAGCAGCAGAAGCAACAGCAGAAGCAGCGACACCGGCGACCAAUUAACAAAAGGAGGUUCCUACACCUCAGGCAUGCACGAAGCCGGAAACAACAGCAGCAGCAACAGCAACGGCAACAGCAGCAGCAACAGCAACAGCAUCAACAGCAGCAGCAGGUACAGCAACGCCAGCAACGGGGAAUUCUCACUGCAGCACUGGACAUCGCAGCAAAUGCGGUGGUGCCUCAGAAGAGACUCCUCAGGCAGUGAAAGCCGUUCGAGUGUAUAUACACCGCAGCCCGAGCAAACGCAAGAAAUGAAGAAGGUGGAGGAGAGAGUGCAGCCACUGCGCCAACCAGCACCAGCAGCGGAAGCAUCAACAGCAGCAACAACAGCAGCAGCAGCAGCAGCAACAGCAGCGGCAGCUACAUCCAGUGAUGCGGAAUCGAAGACCAGCGAUGUAUUCUGCAGGGCCGGCCACAGCAGCAGCUACAGCACUCCUCGACCUCUCCGCAGCAAAACCAGCAGCAGCAAGCGCAGCAGCAGCAAGAGCAGCAGCAGCAAGCGCAGCAGCAGCAAGCGCAGCAGCAGCAAGAGCAGUAGCAGCAAGAGCAGCAGCAGCAAGAGCAACAGCAGCGGCAGUGCUUCAAGGAAGCCCACCAAAGACUGUGGUGUUCAGGUGUCUUUCGACCUCUUUGAAGGCUAUGGGCCUUCAUCAGCCGAAAUAAACGUCAGUAGUCUCUCUAAUACCACCAUCAGUGACCCGGAUGUCGUUUCUGUUUCUGCUGCUGCCGCAGCUGUUCCUGCUGCUGCAGCUGUUCCUGCUGCAGCAGCUGUCCCUGUUGCUGCAGCUGUUCCUGCUGCUGCAGCUGUUCCUGCUGCUGCAGCUGCUGCUGCUAUUGCGGAAUCAGUCAGUCCCCCUGAGACCAGUAGCUAUGGAGGGGUUUCUUCGCGCUUCCGUCGCCUGGAUGUUUCAGUUCCGCUGCCCGUAGGUAAAAGCCCAGCAGCAGCAACAGCAGCAGCAAGAGGGGCAGCUGCCGCAACAGCCCCAGCAGCAGCAACAACAUCAACAGCAGCAGCUGCAGCAGACCCGCAUGAGGCUUCCGGGCCGCUGUGGCGGUCGCAGGGAAUACCCGUGCGGCAGCGGGAAGCUGUUUCAAGUCGAGAGCUGCUGCUGCUGCAGCAAGGUGGAGAUGACGAAUUAGCUGAGCUGGACGUACACCCCAGGCGGAGAAGCUACAGCCGGCUGUGGCACUCUGUAGGAGAUGCAGCACGAGGUGUAUGUGCAGUUCCUGUAGCAGGAAGACCAAUGGACCGCCUGUCUCAAGGACAAGAACUUUCUGCAUCCCGCACUGUACCAUCACCUCCCAGCAGCAGCAGCAGCAGCGAGAGCAGCAGAAGCAACAGCAAGAACAACGGAGAGUUAUGCAUGCAGUCAGGGGCCCCCAAAGGCAUGCCUUUGGCUCUUCUCCUCAGGGAAAAAUAUACCAAGUGGAAACCCCCCAAGAAGAAAAACAAAGCCAAAACACCAAGAGAAGCCGAGCAGCACAAGGAGCAGCAACUGCACCAGCAGCAACUGCAGCAACAGCAACUGCAACAGCAGCAACUGCGGCAACAGCAACUGCAGCAGCAGCAGCUCCUGCAGCCGCUGCCCCUGCUGUUGGGUCGGGCAAUGUAUCAGCAGGCGUCAACAUUCCCUAGCGAUGAAGGCGAGCAGCUGAACAGCAGCAGCAAGGAAAAUCAGACGGCUCUUAAGCGUUACCCCUUGAUGAGGUGUAUAGACAGCUCAAGCAGCAGCAGCAGCGGCGCGGUGAAUCCCAUGGGGUUUAAACACGACCUAGCUUUCAACGGAGGAAACACCCAGCGGCGCAGCAGCAGCAACAACAGCAGCAGCAGCAUCAGCAGCAGCAAAAGCUGGAGAAGAAGGCAGAGGACACGAAGGAACUCAAGGCUACGAGGCAUCAGAGAUAAAGAUAGUAUCUUCAGCCUUACAGAUCUCUCCCUCUCCCUUGACGCUCACACUGCUCUGUGGGCCCCAGAGACAGCCGAAAAAAACAAAGAAAAAAGGAGAAGCCGCCGGGUGUAUAGACAGCCAGAAGACAACCCCCACAGCAGCAGCCGCAAAGCAGAUAGAAAAAAUAAAAAUGAAGAAUACACUCCAGCAAACAACAGCACAGCAACACUUGCAUGCAACAGCCCUCCUCAGACAAACCCCAAAACAUCUGCUGCUGCUUACACAGAUGCCAGCAACGGGAGUAGACGGGGGGGCUGGGGCGACUGCAUCUCCUACACAUCCAAGCCCAAAGAUGCAGCAGCUGCAGCAGCUGCAGCAACUGCAGCAGCUGCAGCCGCAGUCUAUCGAGGAAGUUUGGGGCUGCAUGCAGCUGCAGCAGCUGCAGCGGAACCAUCAACAACAUAUCCAGGAGGCUUGCAUCUGCAUGCAGCAGCACCGGAACCAGGAACAGCCUACAAAGGACUUUUGGGGCUGCAUGCAGCUGCAACAGAACCAACAACCUAUAGAGAAGGUUUGGGGCUGCACGCAGCUGCAACAGAACCAACAGGAACCUAUAAAGCUGGUUUGGGGCUGCAUGCAGACGGACAGGCCUUGAGCAUCUCUGCGCUGCAGUGCAGCCUCGCCUCCCUCACCGCCAGCGCCUCCGCGUCGGAGCUGCAGGUGUCUUUGUACUACAGCGCCCACUCUGCGGACUUCUCUGUGUGA